CCCCUCUUUAAAAUUGCCAACAUUAUUCCUCUUGGCCAAAAACAAAGAAAGAUAAAAUCUUCCAAGUACAAGGUGGUGCUUCGCCACACUUUGUUGCAGGGUGGUGGUGGUGGUGGUGGUGGUGAGGAACAACAUGGCCACAGGAUCUGCGGAUGGGUUCUUCCGUCAUGUCUAUGACGGAUGUCUCUCCAGUGGCGACAUGGGUAUUGAUCGAAGGCCAUACCAUCGUAAUUGCAGAUGUGCACUUCACAAAUCAAAGGAGAAUUGUCCACACGCAUUGCCAAGGUGUAAGAACGUGUCAUAUCCAAUAAAAAGGUCUUGGAGUGAAGGGAGUUUGGCCUUGAUGAUUGCUAAUUCUUCUUCUUCUUCUUGUCAUUCCUCUCCAUCUUCUUCACCUUCUUUACAAGCAGGGAAGAGCACUAGUACUCCUUCUCAUCAGAGAAGGCUGAGUCAUGAUCUUGAAGACAAGCUAGCUCUUUAAAGGUCCGAUCUUUUUAGUUUUUUUUGGUGGGGAUUGGUUUUGUUCUUGAAUAAUUUGGUCUUUUAGUGUUUGAUCUAUCAAAUGGUUUGUCAUGAAAAUGGAUGAUCAGAUCAAAUGGGGUUCUUUUUGUAAGGAUUAUAGAAAUGUUCUAAUUAAUGCCAAGCAUUUCAUUUGUGUAUUGCAGUAUAAAAUUAGAUUCUAUGUAUGUGUA